CUCUCUGCUUGUGACAGAUAGUUGUGAGAGGAGCCGUCAUGUCGCUGCAGUUUACAGAUGAGGAGUUUCAGAGCGCGUGGCGGGAGCUGGACGAACCGCAGCUGGAGGGAGGAUGGGAGCUCUUCACUGAGACGAUGGGAGUCAAAAUCUACCGGCUCUAUAAGAAGGAAACUGGACUUUAUGAGUACAAAGUCUUUGGUGUGCUCACCACCUGCACUCCAGAGCUGUGUGCAGAUGUCUACAUGGACUUGACGUAUCGGAAAGAUUGGGAUAACUAUGUGAAAGAGCUGUAUGAGAAGGACUUCAAUGGACAGACUGCAAUCUACUGGGAAGUAAAAUACCCAUUCCCUCUGUCAAACAGAGAUUAUGUGUACGUAAGGGAGCGGAGAGACCUGGAAGUGGAAGGCAGGAAGAUCUGGGUGAUCCUGGCCAGAAGUUCGCCAGAGACACAGUGUGCAGAGAAGAGUAGCGUGCUGCGGGUCAAAGACUACAAGCAGAGCCUUGCUCUGGAGAGCGACGGAGCCUGUGGAACUAAAAUUUUCAUGAAUUACUUCGACAACCCCGGUGGCAGUAUUCCUACCUGGCUGGUGAACUGGGCAGCUAAGAGUGGGGUUCCAGGUUUCUUAACAGACAUGAAGAAGGCCUGCAGCAAUUACAACAGCUACCGCCAGAAGAAAUGAAUGCAACUGACGGGACAAUGGCUCAUGCACAAGGGCUCAAUUUUAUUUCUCUUGUUUUAGUUUUGGGAGCUAUUUGGAUGUUGUAUGAUCAAAUUUGAUGUUUCUGUAUGGGGUUUGUUUGGGGCAUGGUGUGGUCUGCUACUUCGUCGUCGUAGCAUGCUGUUUACUCAGGCUUGAUGGGCAUGACCGGUCACCCUCAUUAAUAGGCUGGUGUGAAAUCAAUCUGUUCCCUUAUGGUGCAUUAACCAAUACUGUAUUAUCUUUCCUGUGCAAUCACUGUAAGCUCCAGUCCCUCAUGGAUUUAGGAGCUUUCAUAGAACAGUUUUUUGAAGCCAAGUUUAAUGUUUUUACAAAAUACUGUAAAGUACUGUAUUAUUAGUUUGGGCCCAAUGUGGUGAAACAAUAAUUAGUUAAAAUUGCAGCAUCUUGAUUAGGAUUUCAUCACUUUACCUCGUUUUUAAAUAUGUUUACUGUCUAUCUAUCUUCCUAUCUUCCUAUUGUCAAUUUCAAUCAAGUGAAAUUCACUAAUUUGUUAUAGUGAAGUGAAAAUGACAAAUCUUUUAAAGGAAUGUUGCCCGCUUCUUGCAAAUAUCAUGUUAUGAUGCUCUAUGCUGAUUUAUUAUGGGUGAAUAUAGUCAAAGAUAAAGUAUCUGAAGAAAUACUGCAGGCAGCAUCUCAGUGCUGCUGUUGAUAGAGGUGAAUCUGGUUUAAUCUGGUCAUGAAAAGCUAUUACUGUGUAAUAUUGCUGUUACUGAAAUUAAUAAAAUUUUAUUUGAAAUUUU